AUGGCGCCCUAUCCUUUCCAGCAGAAGCCACUUCACCUCCCGCACAGCAGCAAGCCAGCAACUCCAAUUCACGACCGUCUUGGGCAUGGAGAUCCGAGGGCCGACGCUGUGUCGGCCUCGCUCCGGCAAGGAGCCCCGACGGAUGCCCGCGGCCUCCGGGCGCUCAUCAAGGCGGUGUCCGCGUCCUCCUCCGCGGCGGCGGUGCACGCUCACGCCGCCAAGCUGGGGCUGGACCGCGAGCGCACCGUCCGCAACAGCCUCAUCGCGCUCUACCUCGCGCGCGGCGACCGCGCCGCCGCGGGGGCCCUGUUCCAGGGGUUCCCGGAUGGCCGGGACGUGGUUUCCUGGACGGCCAUGGUGACCGGCCACGCGCGGCUGGGGUUCUCCGACGACGCCGUGGCGCUGUUCCUAGAGAUGGCGGACGGCGACUGCGGCGUGGCCGUGGACGCGGUGGCAGCCGCCGCGGGGUUCGCGGCCUGCGCGGAGGUGAGGGACCUCGCGCUCGCCAGGGAGGCGCACCGGCGCGUCACGGCACGGCCGGUCGAGCUCGACGUCGUCGCGUGGAACGCGCUGGUGGACAUGUACGCCAAGUGCGGCGACGUGGCGGCGGCGCACAGAUGGUUCAGGGCGAUGCCGGCGAACAAGACCGUCGUGUCAUGGAACACGAUGAUCUCGGCGUUCGCCCGCGCCGGCGAGCACGGCGAGGCGCUGGCCCUGUUCCGGGAGAUGCAGCGCGCGGGGGUGCACCCGGACGACGCGACGCUCGUCGCCGUCCUCGGAGCGCUCGACACCGGGCGGUGGGUGCACGCGUACAUGCGCAGGCGGCUGGGGCGCCGCGAGGCCGACGGCGUCGUCGGCAACGCCCUGCUCGACAUGUACGCCAAGUGCGGCGCGGUCGACCAAGCCGUGGCGGUGUUCGACGGCAUGGCGCGGCGCGACGUGUACACGUACGCGUCCAUGAUCCUGGGGCUCGCGACGCACGGCCGUGCCGAGGACGCCCUGGCGCUGUUCGCGGCCAUGCGGCGCGCCGGCGACGGGCUCCGGCACCUGAGCGACAUGGCGCGGUGCCACGGCGUGACGCCGGGCAUCGAGCACUACGGCUGCGCCGUCGACAUGCUCGGCCGCGCGGGGAGGCUGGACGAGGCGGAGGCGCUCGUGGCGGCGAUGCCCGUGCCGCCCGACGCGCUCGUCCGGGGCUCCCUCCUCGCGGCCUGCCGGGCGCGCGGCGACGUCGAGCGAGCCGAGCGGCUGAUGCGGUGCAUGAACGACGACGACGGCGACUCCAGGGACUACGUGCUCAUGUCCAACAUGUACGCCUCCAGGGGACGGCACGGCCGAGCGGUGCGGGUGAGGAAGAAGAUGAGGAGGAGCAAUCUGAUCAAGGAACCCGGGUGCAGCGCCAUCGAGAUCGACGGCGUCGUGCACGAGUUCCAGGCUGUUCCGGCCAACUCCAUCACGUGA